CUUUCUUCUAUCCCUACACAGCGCUGCCGGUGGGGCGGAACACUCCUCAUCGAUCAGUUGGUUUCUAGGAACCGCCGACAGACCUGGCACACCACCGUGACUUCUCGUUAGAGAUCUGACACUUUGAUUUCCCAACUUGCCAGCUUAUCCUUUCAUCUUUUUCAACAAUGGGAGAGAGAGAAGACCUAGUUUAUCAAGCAAAACUUGCCGAACAGGCAGAAAGAUAUGACGAGAUGGUGGAAUCUAUGAAGAAGGUGGCAGGAAUGGAUGUGGAGCUCACAGUGGAGGAGAGGAACCUACUAUCGGUGGCCUACAAGAACGUGAUCGGGGCUCGGAGAGCGUCUUGGAGGAUAAUCAGCAGUAUCGAACAGAGGGAAGAGAACAAGGGUGGCGAAGAGAAGCUGAAGAUGAUCCGGGAAUACAGGCAAACGGUGGAGAAGGAGCUGAAGUCUAUCUGUGGUGACAUCCUGGACGCGCUGGACAGACACCUACUCCCCUCUGCAGCAAUGGGAGAGUCUAAGGUCUUCUACAACAAAAUGAAAGGGGACUACCACAGGUACCUGGCAGAGUUCGCCACUGGCAACAACAGAAAGGAGGCGGCAGAGAACAGCCUGGUGGCGUAUAAAACUGCUACGGACCUUGCCAUGCUGGAGCUCCCGCCCACGCACCCAAUCCGCCUCGGCCUCGCUCUCAACUUCUCCGUCUUCUACUACGAGAUCCUCAAUUCGCCCGACCGUGCCUGCAGGUUGGCGAAGGCUGCGUUCGAUGACGCCAUCGCAGAACUGGACACGCUGAGUGAAGAAAGCUACAAGGACUCCACACUUAUCAUGCAGUUGUUACGUGACAACCUGACACUAUGGACUUCAGAUAUGCAGGGAGAGGAGCCCUAAAGGAAUCAAAGCUGUUCAUUUCUCAUGUUAACUGUACUUUGUGAAGAACAGAACAAAGAGACACUGCAAGACGUUGAGGACGAGGCCCAGUGAGACUAUGCCACCAACAGCCAACAACUUGAUUCCCCUCUGCCCUUCACCUCCUCACACUCCUCACUCCCUCUGCCUUUGUCUUCCUCAUCCUCCCCCUCCCUGCCACCUUCCUUUUCCGCCGCCUCCCCCUCCUUUUUCCUUUUCCUCACCUCUGGAGCUCCCUGACCCAGCAGGGCCACGGAGUUGAUGAGUUUAUUUUUCUCUUAUUUUUGUAUUAGCCCUGACACCAUUUGAUUAAAUACCACUUAAUUAAAGGAAGUCCAACGCUAGAAAGAGAAAGAAAGAGGUCCCUGUUUGCUGUUUUUUGUCCUGGUACAAGCAGUUCUGCAAAAUGUUCUUUGUUUUCAUUAUUGUAUUUUUUUGUUUGUUUUCUUUUUGCUUUUUCCUCCAUAUUUUUAUCAGUUGCUGGAUGUAUUGAGAUUUUUUUUCUUAAUGUAAUUACAGAAAUUAACUUUUAUUACUAAUAAUGUUGAAUACUAGUUAUAGGAGCUAUUUUAUCUCUGUUUUUAGUGACAUGUCGAGCAGAUUAUCUGACCUUUUUAUGGGCGCAUUGGAGAAGUCCAGACGCCCUUUUUGUUAGGUUAGGACAGUCUUUUUUUCCGAGGAAUUUGGCAGAAUGUGUGAUAUCCAUGUGGGGCAAAGAAGUGCUUAAUGUUUUACACUACAGUUAGUCUUGUGUUGUGUAGCUGUUCCUGGACUGUGUUUAGUGCUGAAAUACUGUAAUUGUCCACACAUGCUAAAUCUCUAAACACUAACUUAUUUCUCGCUGGUUUGGUUCUUUACAAACAUUGGGAGAUUUCUCACCUGUGUGAAAGUGUCUGUGUGACCCGGCUCCCUGCCCAGAGCACUGAGAUCCUGGGCAGCACAGACACGAGGCAACACGUUAGCAUCUGCUGCUUCUCCCCUGCUUUUAUUGAAGCUCCUCUAGAAUCAGAUUUUCUUUUCUUGCUCUGUUUCAUUUAUUGCUCUCUUGUUUAUUUUUUUUUGCUUCAUUAUAUGUAACUUGGAGCUGAUUUGUACUACUGGAUAUCUGACUGGAGCCACAGACAGGGAAUCUGUAACGUUCUUAUUGAAACACAGCAUGGCAUUAACAUUAAACAAUAAAUUAAAACAG